AUACUGCAUUUGCUCUUCACUUUAGCUUGGCAUAAAAGGUUAUGCAUGUCUUAUAUUGUUAAGAGAAGUUAAAUGUACAGUUAUCAUAGAUAGAUAGUAAAAAAAUGAGCAAAAUAUCCUCCCUGUUACGCAGGACAUUUGGAAUCGUAAAAGACCACGUGGGUACAGAUCAUUUUGGGAAUAAAUACUAUUUCAUACCAGAACAGAGGACAUGGAUGGGGCGAACAGUUCGGGCAAGGAGAAUGAUGGAGCCUUCCAAGCUGGUAGAAUCUGAGUAUACGGAAGGAAGCAUCCCCUCCGAAUGGGACGCUUGGAUUCGAGGGAGGAGGAAGGAUCCACCCACAAUUGAGGAGCUGGAGAGGAACCAACUCUACAGGGAGCAGAUCAAACAAAAAGCCCGUGAAGUGGAGGAGAGAGACUCCACCCUGCAAGCCCAGGAGUAUGCAGAGGGUCUGGUGGCACGUUCCACGCAGACGCUCAUCGAAGGACACGCUUCUGCCAAACACUUCCGUCAGACUAAACCGAGCGAAGAUCCUAUCAGCACUGGUAGCACUUUCGAACCCGGGUCCUGGGCACCCAACAAGAGAGCCACAUCAAAAAAAUAAAUGCUAUAAGAAUGGCUGUAAAUAUUGUCUGUUCUGUAAAACUACAACGGCGUGUUAAAAAAAAUCACAAUGUAAAAGUCAUAUAAACCCAUAUUUAAUCGAAAAUGGAACAAAGGCAACAUAGCAAAUGUUGAAACAGAAAUUUUAUUGUUUUAUUACAAAUAUAUGCUGAAUUUGAUGUCAGCAAGACAUUUCAUCUUUUAACAGCACUCUGUAAAAGUUUGGGAACUGAGGAGAGCUGUUGCUAUAGUUUUGAAAAUGAAACUUUAUCCCCUUCUUGCCUGAUAUCAGAUUUCAACUACUGAACAGUUCGGGGUCUCCUUUGUCGUAUUUUGCAUUUCAUUACGCACCAAAUGUUUUCAGUGGGAGACCGGUCCAGACUGCAGACAGGCCACUAACAUCGGGACUCUUCUACUACAGAACCAUGCUGUUGUAAUACGUGCAGAAUGCGGUUUGCCAUUGUCUUGCUGAAAUAUACAAGGCCUUCAAUGAAGAAGAUAUUGACCAGAUACGUUGCUCCAAAACCUGUAUAUAUUGUUCAAAAACAAUGGUGUGUUCCCAGAUAUGCAAGCUACCGAAGCCAUGGGCACCAGUGAACCCCCACACCAUCACGAAUGCUGGGUUUUGAACUGUCCACUGAUAAGCUGGAUGGUCCCUCUGCUCUCUAGCCCAGAAGACACGGGCAUCCAUGAUUUACAAAAAGAACUUUAAAUUUUGAUUUGUUAGAAUAUAGGAGUUUUCUGAUUUUGCCUCAGUCCAUCUUAAAUGAGUUUUGGCCCAAAGUCAGCAGCGCUUCUCGAUCAUGUUUAGAUAUGGUUUCUUCUUUGCUUCAAAGAGUUUCAUCCUGCAUUUGUGGAUGCAGCGAUGAACUGUUCACAGAUAAUGGUUUUCGGAAGUGUUCCUCAGCCCAUGCAGUGAUUUCAGCUGUAGAAUCAUGUCUGCUUUUAAUUCAGUGCCACCUGAGAACCCGAAGAUUACAGCUAUCCAGUACUAGUUUUUCUGCCUUGUCCCUUGCAUACAGAGAUAUCUCAGGAUUCUCUGAAUCUUUUAAUAUUAUGUGGUGAUUUUAUUGCAGUGUUAAACUGAGGAAUAUUAUUCUUAAAUUGUUGCACUACUUGCCCACGCAGUCUUCCACAGUGGUGAACCUCUCCCCAUCCUCGCUGCACUGAGAUUCUGCCUCUCUGAGGCUCUUUUUAUACUCAGUCAUCUUACUGACCUGUUGCCAAUUAACCUAAUUAGUAGUGAGAUAUUCAACCAGGUGUUUUGUUUUAGCAUCACACAACUUUUCCAGUCUUUUGUUGCCCCUGUCCCAACUUUUGUCAAAUUCGUUGCUCACAUUAAAAUCAAAUUGAGCGUAUAUUUGUCAUAAAACAGUUUCUCAGUUUCAGCAUUUGAUAUGUUGUCUGAUAUAUGGGUCUAUAUGCUCUGCAAAUCACUGCAUUCUGUUUUUAUUAACAUUUUUACAGUGUCCCAACUUUUGGAAAAGGGGUUGUAAUAUUGACGUAAAAAUACAAGCAGUAGCAUAACAACCUGUUUGUAAUUGUGUGUGUGCACAAAAACAUUUAUUGAGGGCAUUGAUCUUGAGACGCAACAGACUGAUUUCAGAGUAAACACUCAGAUGACUCCUCUCCAGGAAAUACGGUCUUACAUUAUUUUUAAAGAUAAAAGCCAUAGAUGUAGAGUGCUGCCACAUAAAUAGGCACAAUCUAAUGGAAAGACCAUGGCCAUUCACUCUGUGGUAAAGAUUUUCUAAUGACCAUUUGUCAGAGGAGAGGUUACUUAACUUCAGUGGGCUGACAUGGUUGAUAUAUUCAGGUGAUCAUAGUCCUGCAUUCUACAGCCUUGUCUUCAAACUUGUAUCUAUCACAUACAACCAUAUGAAAAAGCUGUCAAUCAGAGCGGGUAUUUAGUGGUAUAAACAUUCACGGACGACGCACUGGAGUACAAGUUAACUUUGGACCUGGUAUAUAGCACCUUGAUUCCCAGACUGAUUUAGAUGUUUUGUUUUCAUGAAUCAAAUUUGUAUAAUACAUCAGUAUCUGAACUCAAACCACAAACAGUGAUGGCAAGGUUGUGUUCCAAGCAUCUUUAUAAAAAAAUCUUUCAUUAAACACACAUUAUUUUGAAGUAUUUCAUUAAUGGGUUAACUUGUAUAGGGCACCUUGGGGAACAGAACAAACUUCUGAAACUAAUGGAAUGCUGAACUACUAUACAAAGACUACAGAUUUCUGCAAAUGAGAUUCUUGCAGAAAAAUGCACCCUUUUCCCCUCUCUGCCUGUAAGUGAUACUCCUCUCCACUGUGGCUCCACAGAGCUUGUGCUGUUAAACCACUUCUGUCUAAAACCUGCGAGCCAUUAUUAGGACUGUGGCCCCUUCCUCUGGAGUGGGUGGUGGGAGGGUGGGGUUCUGGAGGCAGAGGCAAACACAGCAUUAGUCACUUCCCCACUCCAGCUCCUGAGCACCUCAGUCUUUCUUUGGCCUCUUUGCCUUGGCAAUGUUCUCCUGCCGCCUUUGCUUCUUCUUCUGUUCCCGGUCCCUGGCCUCGAUCAUCUUGGCGAGUUUCCACGACAACAGGGCACUGGCGAUGAAUAGGGGUGUGAGCGCCAGGACAACGGUGGUGAGGAAACCGUAGGGGUCUUUGGCGGCCCACUCCACCACGUACUGUGCCCAUUCCUUCACGUCAAUCAUUCUCCUUGCAGCGUCCACCAAUCGGGAACCUGAAUGCAGCCAGGGAAGAUGUUCCCAUUGGUUAGGGCACUUGAAAUAUGACACUACAGGCACAGCCUUCCUUUCUCCAACACAUAUCUCAGCAGACUAGCUUCAUCCAAGCUUACUCAAAAAGAUUUCUAUCUUGUACAGUGUAACCUGUUUUUACAGCUGUAUUUUCACAGAAGCAACGAAUAAACUAAUUCAACUUCAAGAA